CGCCCGGGCAAACCAUUCUAAGAGCCUGCAGUUGGCGGACUAGCAGCAAACUACGGAGCGCUGUAUCCGACACACCUACGGAGCAGAGCUGUUCAUUGCCAACAUGCCCGUCAUUGUCGUUCUCGGUGCCGGGGUGAGCGGCCUCACCAGCGCGCUGCUCCUGGCCAAGCAGGAGGGGAAUGUGGUGACGGUAGUGGCAAAACACAUGCCUGGGGACUAUGACAUCGAGUACACCUCUCCAUGGGCCGGCGCAAACGUCAUGCCAAUGGCGCUCGAGAAGGACAGCCGGUGGGAACGGCGCACCUGGCCCGAGCUUCGCCGCCUCGCCGCCGAAGUACCCGAAGCCGGCUUACACGUCCAGAGUUAGUACCACUACUCCCCUCCCCGUUCUAAACUCGCCUCUAACCUGCCUUCUCCCCUCACCACAGCCGCUCGCGUCCUCCGGCGCAAGGAAGACGUCGCAACCGGCCUCAAGGCGGCGCUCUCCGACGCCCUCUUCCAGCCCGAUCCCUGGUACAAGGAGGUGAUGGACAACUUCCGCGAGCUGCCGGCCGAGGAGCUGCCGGCGGGCGUGCACUCCGGGUGCGAGUUCACGUCGGUGUGCAUCAACACGGCCAUCUACCUGCCGUGGCUGGUGGGGCAGUGCGCGCGGCACGGGGUGCGCUUCCGGCGGGCGGUGCUGAAGCACGUCACCGAGGCGGCGGGCCUGAGCCACAGCGGGCGCAGGGCCGACGUGGUGGUCAACGCGUCCGGGCUGCUGGCCUGCCGGCUGGGCGGGGUCAUGGACAGCAAGGUGUACCCGGCGCGCGGGCAGAUCGUGCUGGUGCGCAACGAGGCGAACUCGCUCAUGCCGACGACGAGCGGGUGCGCGGACGGCGAGGACGAGGUGGUCUACGUCAUGCAGCGCGCGCUGGGCGGCGGCACGAUCCUGGGCGGCACGUACAUGAAGGGCAGCUGGGACCCGAACCCGGACCCGAACCAGGCGAUGCGCAUCAUGAAGCGCGCGGUGGAGACGCACCCGGAGCUGACGGGCGGGAAGGGCGUGGAGGCGCUGGAUAUCAUCCGGCACGCCGUGGGGCUGCGGCCGGCGCGGGAAGGCGGCGUGCGGGUCGAGAAGGAAAAGAUUGACGGGACCUGGGUGGUGCACAACUACGGCCAUGCCGGCUGGGGGUACCAGGGGAGCUACGGGUGUGCCGAGCGGGUGGUCGAGCUGGUGGACGAAAUCGUGGGGCGGACGAAGCCAUUGUCCAAGUUAUGAGUUGAACAAUGGAAUUACAGGCCCGACGGGUUGAUUGCUGAUUGCUGUGCUGAGUGGCAGUUUCUCAACUGCAAGAGCGCUCCAUGCUGGAAUGUAGCAGGUAACUCUUGUUCGCCUGUGCCACCCGGCAACACUUGCCAACCGAACUGUUAGUGCUUGUCAACCCUCCAGGGAGCUCCUCCAACUG